UAUAAACCUCUUCCCCUCUUUUAACCCUUUGAAUAACCCAUUAAAAAGAAGAAGAAAAACCCUUCAAAAAAAAAAAAAAUAGCUUCCCCCACACCUCGGCGCGAGGUCCUUCAAGGACCUCAGCGGAUGUCCCCCCGCUACGUGCCACCGCCACCACCACCACCACCACCACCACUGGCAGAACAAUCAUCGUCACCAGUCGCAGCGCCACCACGACACCGGACGUUGUUGCACAAACAACACUCGUGGUCGCCAGAUAUUUAUCGGGAUGAGGCCUGGCUUAGACGUAAAGGCAACAUUAAAAACAAGAGAAGCAAAAGUGUAACCGACGAGGACCUUGAUGAACUCAAAGCUUGUAUUGAGUUGGGUUUCAGGUUUGACUCUCCUGAAGUGGAUCAACGUCUGUCGGAUACUUUGCCAGCUCUAGAACUUUAUUAUGCCGUUAACAAGCAUUACAAUGAUACUGUUUCAAAGUCAACGCCGUCUUUAUCAGCGGUGUCCGAUUCUGAAUCAUCACCCUCUUCGUUGGGAAGUCCUCAUACAAUAUUCAGAUCUGGUGAUAAUGAUCCGAAGACAGUGAAGACGAGAUUGAGGCAGUGGGCACAGGUGGUGGCUUGCUCGGUGCGGGAAUGUUCUUGACGAUCAUGGUGUUCAUGUACAUGUUCAUAUUCGUAUUAGGGAACAGGGUUAAAUGUGAACCAAACCAGAGUUAUCAAAGAAACCAGACAUAGAUCAAUAUCAACUUGUUUGAUUUGGUUGGAUUUGAUUCUCUCUUCCACCCACCGAUUGCAUAAGUUUUGUUUGUUUGGUUAGAGAUUAUAAUUAAAAAAAACCCACCUUGCAUUUGUAAACAGAAACUAUAUAUUGCGGUGGA